CUCUUUCAGAAGGAAGAUGCUGCUAAUGAGGAAAUGGCAGAAAGGCUGUCUCUUCGGAAGCAUCGCUUCAUGCAUUUUGCGUCGUUGGAAUAUGAAGGAGAACAUUACAUGACACCAAGAGAUUUCUUGUUUUCAGUAAUGUUUGAUCAGGUUGAACGUAAAACUCCAGCCAAGAAACUCACGAAGAAGGAGGUAGAUGCCGCACUGACAAACAUCACAAAAGCUAAACCGGGACCGACCUUUUUUAGAGAACUUGGUGAUAAAGGCUUGAUCUCAUAUGCAGAGUACCUGUUUUUGCUGACAAUCCUUACAAAACCACAGACUGGAUUUAAGAUUGCUUUUAAAAUGUUGGAUGUAGAUGGCAAUGAACAAGUUGAGAAGAAAGAAUUUUUUAAGCUGCAGAGAAUCAUCGGGAAGCAAGAUGAUUUGAAAACAGAUGGAAGUGAGACAGUAUUCCAGGGAGCAGAAUCGGAGGGCUCCGAUGUUAACACCAUGCUGCUGGUGCAUUUCUUUGGCCGAGAAGGAAAGGAGAAGCUUCGCUAUUCGGAGUUUUUCAGAUUCAUGGAAAAUCUGCAAACAGAAGUGCAAGAAAUGGAAUUCAUACAGUUUUCCAAGGGCCUGAACGUCAUGAGGAAAGAAGACUUUGCGGAGUGGCUGCUCUAUUUCACGGACGAGGAAAACAAUGAAAUUUACUGGCAAAAUGUGAAAGACAGAAUUCAUGCGGGCGAGAAUAUCAGUUUGGAGGAAUUCAAGACUUUUUGCAAGUUUACAAACAACCUGGAAGACUUUUCUAUUGCCAUGAAGAUGUUUACUGUAGCUAAUCGUCCUGUUAAACGGGCUGAGUUCAAGAGGGCAGUGAAGGUGGCAACAGGACAGGAGCUCUCAGAUAAUGUUCUGGAUACCAUCUUCAAGAUCUUCGAUCUAGAUGGAGAUGAUUGCCUCAGCCACGGGGAGUUUCUUGGAGUCCUGAAGAACCGAGUUCAUCGAGGUUUGAGGGUACCGCAACAGCAAGGCAUUCAAGGGUACUGGAAAUGUGUGAAAAGAGAAAGCAUUAAAGGAGCAAAAGAAGUCUGGAAACAAACUGGGAAAAGUCCUUUCUAAAACAGUCCUUGGUGCCAUUACUAUAAACAUUGUCACUUGGGUGUUUUGUCCAUCUCGUUUUAGCUGAAUCAUAAUUACUCAUUUUUACAAGAGUUAAGCUUUAAUGAAACCRAUUUCUACAGCUCUAAUUUUAUAGUGUUCUAGUGCAAUCAGGUUGCUUUACAGAACUGUGAUCAUUUUGACCUCUGUAAGAAAUACUCAAUACUCUUGGACUCUCACCCUGCACUGUAGCAUGUGGGAUACAUGGGAUUUCAUCGUGGUCCCUGGCCUCUGACACRGCCGUAAUCUCUGCUGGUGGAAGAGCAGACAGCGUCGCAGUCAGCCACUAACGCAGCAGUUCUCUCCUGGCAAGGACAGCCUGAAACACUGGCACAAUCCAGGUGAAAUCCAUGAGCGAUCCUAAAGCAAAGAGCAAAUCUCAGGUGAAAUCCAUGAGCGAUCCUAAAUCAAAGAGCGAAUCUCACUUGUGUCCUCGUUACUGUGGACUGCAUGUGCACCAGGGCUUGGAGCCGGUGUGGUUUUGUCGGCCUUCAUAAUGAUAAGGUUAAACUGGAAAUACAAAACUGUUUAUACAGGCUUUAAAAGUUAUGCRUGGAUCUAGGAAUGUGCAUAGAGUUGUUCAGACUUCUUCAACAAAUAGAAUAAAUUAAAAAUGAAAUUCCUUAUUCUGUCAUAAACAGUAGAAGAUACSAUUUUAGAUAGAACUGUUUUGCUUUAAUUGUAUUGCUAAUCAAAUAGCUACUUUACCUUAAUAAAGGUGUGACAGGGAAAGCUGCAGUAUCUAUCUCAGGAACUCAAGGCUGUACYAGAAGUGUUGAGGGUGGGGGAGAAUAGGGCCAGGGAAAAAAGUUAAUAAAAAUAAUGGUUUUUACUCCAAAAUACAAAUAAUUACACAUYAGACUUUAAGCAGUAAACCAAGAAACAGAUCAAAAAUAGCAAUCAGUAAUUAUAGAUGAACGUUUUUCAGCUAUAAUAUGGUGUGUUUCUAUGUGUACACAGRCAGGCAUGUUGUCUUUUCUUAAGGCGUUAGCCACUGACAUCUCUAGGAUCAGGUCAGUCUUCCUGAAAAUACAGGAGAUGACUAAUAUAUAAAGAUCUUGAGGCUCUUUGUAGUUCCCCUUCCCAUUUUUCUGAUCUGUCUAGGCUAGAGUGAAAGCUUAACCUCUCAAAACACCCCUUUUUUUUUUUUUUAUUUUUGAUACCAGACUCAAAAGAUCAAUUGAAGAAAUGGGGAAAUGUUUMAAAAAAUAACCAACCAAAAGCUCUCACCACCCUGAAGGAAUAUGCAUGACAUUAAGCCUGUUAUUCUCAAAGUUGUUUUGUUGUAAUUUGUUUUUUGAUGCAGAUGAGGGGGGCUUUAAGAGGAGGGGAACUUCCCAUGAUAUGCAAAUAUCCUAACAACCCUCAGGUGGAAGACAGGAGGGGCUGCAUUAGGAAGCCAUGAGGACCCUCUCUAAAGAGCAUGGAGGUUACCAGUAAUAGAUUUGCUAUGUCAGUAGUCCUUAGGCCAGCCUGUAAUGAGGUGAAAUCUUCACAGGCUUCAGGGCGGUGUCCUCAGCCAAGGCAGUGUCUUAGCAAGGCAGCAGAGCAGCAGGGUGGCCUGGCUGCUGCUGCUGCUGCUCCCACCAGGGCCUUCUCUUGCAGCUUGAAGGCAAAUCGUGCUGAAGGGCAAGUGCUUGAGCUCUUGUCUGUGGGCAUCACCUCAGCCCUGUCUAGAAAACCUUGUAGCAGUAACCACCAAUGAUGCCUUUAUUUUCCCCAAGGAACUGUCAGAAUGAAAUAAAAUGCAGCACAAGCCUCUCCCCUCAGGGAAUAGUUGUGUGGAGAUGGCUGCAUUUGGGAAUUGCCCUGAGUUAUGAUGAUGGGCUCCAUCAGUAGCAGGUGGCUCAUGGGUGCGAGGUGAGGACUGGCAGGAAAACACCACAGCAAAAUUCACAUCACCAAACAAUAACAGAGGACACCAGCAAGCAAGACRCUUGGGCAUCGCCCAGUGAGUGUGUUCAACCAGCAUGUGCUUCUCGUCUUCUCUGGCUUUAAAGCAAGGGUCCCUUUUACUUAUUGCUGUUCAUAUUUUGGAAAAUUGUUUUUACUUUGGAAUGGAAAAUAACAGCUAACAUAUCAUUCUGUGAAUUGUUGCUUGGUUUUGCUUUUUGGUUUCUUUUGUUUAUCAGCGACUUGCUCCCUACAAGUUGAUUAGUUUUCUUUUGGAAAAAUCAAUUAAUCGGGGUCUGAUGUAUUGGGAAGUUUAAUUAGUCUCAUUGUUCAUUUGUGUCUGGGUUUGUGCAAUCAGCRAUGUCUGGUUUUGUCAGGCAGUUACCAAAAAUGUGAUUUCAAGUUUUAUUCCUAAGCAAGAGGUUUUGUGUUGAGUUCACAGGAAAAAAGGAACAGUCACACUUACUUUAAAAUGAACGUUGUAUCUGUAGUAAAAUAAAUAAUGGAAUGACUGGUUGG